CAAACCUUCGCUGUUUGCCGGCAAGGAAAACCUAUGGGAAGCCAAGAACUGUGGGCUCUGGGCACUCAGUCUUCUGUACUAUGGUUAUGGUCUGUUGCAAUAUUGAUCUGCCGUGUGUCUUGUCAGGAGCAGAGAACUAGGGACGAAGAGUUCACAAGCAUUAUGAUCCCAGUGUAUCUUGUCGUUGGUACCUUACAAUCUCUACUGAUUGGCGUGCAUCUAUCUCUAGUAAAGGCCAUCCCGCACCACCUGCACCAUCGCUUGGGGAUGGAUAUUAUCUCGAGAUAGACUGUUGCGGGCUGCAUAUGAGUGUUUCAAUGGAUAUGGGUCAUUGUCUUACCGUCAAGCUUAUUUAAGGUCAGUCCACUUUAUUUCUGCAGUAUAGUUUAGCGGAACCGCUUUGAGGCGAUCAAGAAGCUGGUUUAGGCUAGGCUGGAUAACAUGUGCAAGACAUGGAGUUCG